AUCUCGCGACCUCCAUCCAUUGGGAGAGCUCUCGCCUGAAAAAGGAAGAAAAUAAAAGCACGGGUGCUCCUGCUAAUCGUGUUAGUUAUGAAACCAAAGCCCAAAUAUCAAUUUUGGCAUGCGUGAUAGGAUCGACGGUGUUCCCACUGCAUGCCGACUUCCCGUUUGGAUUGGAACAACAGUUCGUUUUCAGAUCCCGGACGCUAUUUUGUAACUCCAGUUGAGGAAGCUAAACCCGGGAGGGGAUUUCAUUAGCUAGCUAACGGGGCUAAGCCAGCUAGCAUCACCGGAGCACUGGGCGAACUUCGUCUGGAGAAGCCGCGGCUGCUGCACCCGGGAGAGCAGCCUGUUUGGCAGACAAAAAUCUACUUUUUUCAUUGUUUGUAUCAUUCAGAUGGGCGUAUGCCGAUGCCUGAUGGACACCGUGGCUCCGGUGCGUGAGGCUGAUCCCUGGGUGCAUGUUUUGUUUCUGUGGCUUUAUCCCAGUGAUCUGGUCUCUCCUGUGAGCUGUGAUAGCUCGUGAUUAGCCACCUCUUCCGACCUGGCUUUGUGGGUGCAGGCCGUGAUGCUGAGGUCGCCGCUGGCUUGAUGGCAGCGGAUCAUUCCUCGGGAAGCAUUGAUUUGGAUGAAACGAAACAAUCAACAAGAGCGUUCUGUUUAGAUCCGUCUUCAUGAUACACAGUUUAACGCGACAAUCGUGCAAAGGAACAAUUCGGAGGAGAAUACGGGGAUUUCGUGGUUAUAAGGAUAUCGAGGGGAAUUGCAUCCUCCAUAGACUGCGGAGUGGAAUACAAUGUCUACCGCAAAAGAAAACCCCUGUAGGAAAUUCCAGGCGAACAUCUUCAACAAGAGUAAAUGUCAGAACUGCUUCAAACCUCGGGAGUUGCAUCUCCUAACGGACCAGGAUUUGACGCAGGCUAAACCCAUUUAUGGGGGAUGGCUAUGCUUGGCCCCAGAAGGAACCGACUUUGACAAUCCUAUGCAGAGAUCCAGGAAAUGGCAGAGGAGAUUCUUUGUGCUGUACGAACAUGGCUGCCUGCGCUUCGCCCUCGACGAAUCGCGCAGCACCCUGCCCCAGGGGACGGUCAACAUGAACCUGUGCACGGACGUGAUCGACGCCGAGCCCAAGACGGGCCAGAAGAACGCGCUGUGCAUCAUCACCCCCGAGCAGGAGUACUUCAUCAGGGGGGAGAACAAGGAGAUCAUCAAUGGGUGGAGUGAACAGCUGGUGGUGUACCCAAAGACCAACAAGCAGAACCAGAAGAAGAAGCGCAAGGUGGAGCCCGCGACCACCCUGGAGCCGGGACCAGCCAAGGUGGCCGUGACGGGCUCCGGGAUCCCCGAGGCGGACCCGGGCCCCGACUCCAGCUCCAUCAUCUGGCAGGAGGAGCUGAGCCAGAGAGAGGUGGAAGGGGCCACCGUGUGGUCCGCUGCCGACCUCUCGCCACUUGGGGCCCUACCGUCCCCUGCAGGAGACGUCGGCUCGGACGCCGGCUCGCUGAACGGCGACGAGGUGGACCGCGCCGCCGCCGCCGCCGCCCCGCUGACGUGCUCGGCGGCGGCGGCGGGGCCGGGCGGGGACCUGCUCUCCCCGACGGGCUCCUGCUCCAGCCUGGGGGGGGUGCCCCGCUGCCUGUCCCCGGUGGCCAGCGACCCCUUCCCCUCGGGCAGCUCCCUGCUGUCCAACGGCUCGCACAUCAGCGGCUCCCUCAGCUCCCUGGACUCGGACGCCAGCGGCAGCACCGUCACCAGCAACGACAGCCACCCGGCCGCCCAGCGCGGCGCCUACCCCCACGCCGGCCUCCACCACGACACGCCCCGCGCCCGCCGCCUGGAGGCCGAGGCCCGCAAGGCGGAGAAGAGGAGCCGCGUGAGGAGCCCCGAGCGCCACCAGAGACCGUCGGUCCUCAGCCCGGAGAGUCGCUCUGGCGUGAUCGAGAAGCUGGAGGCCCUGGAGCUGGAGAACGCAGAGAAGAUGGAGGUGGAGGAGACGGAGGUCGGGCGGAGCGCGGCGAGGCAGGGCCGCCACGAGAACAGACGCUUCCACAGACAGGACCAGGACCUGGACUUCCCCUCCACGCGACCCCCUCUGAGGAGAGCCAAGUCCCUGGAUCGCAGAACGACAGAGUCGGUCAUGACGCCGGAUCUGCUGAACUUCAAGAAGGGCUGGAUGGUGAAGCUGGAGGAGCCCGGCCAGUGCCAGAAAUAUUGGUUCGUGUUGACAGACCACAGCCUGCGCUACUACAAGGACUCGAUCGCUGAAGAGGCUUCAGACCUGGAUGGGGAGAUCGAGCUGGCUACCUGCUACAACGUCACCGAAUACCAGGCUCAACGAAACUAUGGUUUUCAAAUACACACCCUGGAGGGAGUGCACACCCUGUCCGCCAUGACCGCAGGGAUCCGAAGGAACUGGAUACAGGCCGUCAUGAAGAACGUCCGUCCCUCCCCAGCCCCCGACGUAGCAAGCUCGACAGAAGAUCACGGCGCCUUCACCCCGCUGGACGGCCUGGUCCGCCCCGACGUGACCCAGGACUCGCCCUCCUCCGAGGCCUCGUCCGUGGAGCGCGAGGCCGCCCCGGGCCACAAGAAGAGCCGGGCGGCGGAGCGCCGGCGGGAGGGCCGCUCCAAGACCUUCGACUGGGCCGAGUUCCGACCCAUCGCCCAGGCUCUGGCCCAGCAGCGGGCCCAGGAGGCCGAGGGCCUCUCGGCGGACAUGGCCGACGUCGAGAGGAGCCGGCGGCGGGAGGAGAGGAGGAAGAGGUACGACGCGGCCGCCGCCCCCCCGGAGGCCGCCCCCUCGGGGGGCGAGGGGGGGAGGAUGGACUGUGAGGGCGGGGCGGGGGCGGCGGUGCACGCCGAGGUGGUGGCCGCCGCCGCCGCGCCGGCGGAGAGGAAGCAGAGGGUGGAGGAGGUGAUCGAGCAGCACUGGCAGCAGGUGGAGCAGACGCCGCUGCGGGAGGAGAAGAGGGUGCCUCUGCCCGUGGCGCUGCAGCCCCGGGACACGGCGGAGCUGGAGAGACUGCUGGAGAGCUACAAGAGAGGGGUGGACGACCUGAAGACCCAGCUGGAGGGUUGCCACCAGCAGCUGGUGGACUCCAGCCAGCACAAGCAGGAGCUGGAGGUCCAGCUCCGAACGGCCCUGGAGAGGGAGCACGACGUCCGCAGCGGCUACAUCUCCCCGCUGGAGCACCCAAUGGGUAUGGAGGCUGAUCUGGCACCCCAGAUGAAGAGGGCCGAGCUGGUUAGUUCUCAAGCGCAGAGCUUGACAAAGAAGUACCAGGAAACCAAGGAGCUUUUGCAGCUGCAGGAGCUGAAAAAGCGCAAUAUGCAAGCCCAGCUCGGCCUCUCACUUUCCCACCUCACGCACACGGACCCCUGCCCCGCUGACGCUCCCUUAGAAGGUCCACUCCCAGAACCCGUUCAGAAGACCGUUAGCUUCUUGCUGUCGGACAGCGCGGACGGUAUUCAGGAGCUGGAGGAUCUGAUGACCGGUACACCCAUGAGUCUUCAGGGGCUGCUGAGACUGUUGCAAUGCCACAGCUGUAGUCAGGUGCUAGGUGAGCAGGGUCAUUACCAGAAGCUGCUGGGGCGGUGGAAACAUCAGCAAGACGUGGAGAAUGAAACCAUUAGGAAAAGCCUCGUGAGGGCAGGGGAGAGCAUCCGUGACUACGAAUCCCGUCUCCUGACCAUGGAGGACAUGGUCGGGAAGGCUCAGAGGCAGAAGUCCGAAGGCCCGGGCGGCAGCUCCUACGGGCCCUCGCUCAAAACGGAAACCAUUCACUCAAAUGAAACCACGAACGAAGUGGCUAUAGGGAUGCUGGCCCAGAGGGUGGAGCUGCUCACCGGUGAGAACGGGGCGCUGAACCAGAGGUACCAGGAGAUAGUCAACCAGCUGACGGAGGCCGACCGGGAGAUAGACAGGCUGAAGGCGGAGCUGUUGGCGCUGCAGGGCAGCAAGCAGCACCGCCUCGUCACGGAGGAGCUGGGCAGGGUGAAGGCCGAGCUGGCGGAGAACCAGGCGAGCGCCAUCGACCGGGAGUACUACGAGCGGGAGCUGAACGAGCGGGCCCUGAGGCUCCACGAGGCCCUGGGGACCCUAGAGGAGCUGGGGAACACCCUGAGGGACACGGAGAGGAGGCUGCAGUUGAGGGAGGCCACCCUGAAGGGGCUGGGCUUCCAGGAGGACGAGGACGAGGACGAGAUGCGGUUGAACACGGAGCGACUCAAAGAGCUGCUAGAGGCCUCGGAGGCAAAGCUGUACGAGAAGGAAGCGGCCGUUAAGUCGACGGAGCGACGGUGCGUCGAGUUAGAGGCGCAGAAGAGUGAGCUGAUGAUUCAGAAGGAGGAAAGUGAGAGAAUUGUUAUGCAAAAGCUGGCAGAAGCGGGAGCUGAGAUAAGGAGGCUACAAGAGAGGGUAGGAGUGGAGAUGAAGGCAGGUAGGGGUGAACCCACAAUGCAUGUAAGCAAAGAGGCAAUUCAGACAUGUGAAACGCAAGUUGUUGAAGCAGGACUUCUAAAGCAGGUGGUAGACGAUAUUGGGAUGAAAUCCGAGGCCGUCAGCGCGGUCGUGGAGAUGUUUGGACACGUUGAUGUGAAAGUUGAGAAAAUGUUCGGUGAUUUAAAAAGCACUUUACUUGUCACGGACUCCCUUUGCUCUUCCCAAGAAGAGACGAGCACGGUCAAUCAGAAACACAUGAAAAGGCUGGUGUUGGAGGCCGAGUUCUGGACUCGGUUGCUGACUAUCAAAGAAAGUGGUAAAGGCACAACGCCAGACUUUGGCAGGCACGUUGCAGUACGUAUGUUGGCAGAGAAGAGCUUGCUGUUUUUGACUUGUAGGCUUUGCCCACCAGCAAAUGAGGACGGGAAUAGUGUUAUUCCCGUGACUGAGGCAGACUUUUCGGCCAUGUUCACCUGGCUUGACGAGAAAACAAACGCUCUCAUUUUGAAGGAAUUAAGGCAAACGUUGGAAGAGAAGGCAUAUCUCUUGAAGCAAAUGAUCACAAGCAUAGAUUUGUCAAAAGAUGACCAGCUCCGUUCGCUGGCUUUUAAGACCUUCAACUCGGACGGCCAGCAGAAGCCUCCAUCAGAGUACCUUCUCGACGCCCUUAAAGAUGCUUACAUGUUGUAUGUCACCAUUAGGAUUAAACUAGAAAAUGAGAGGGAGCUAAUGCACAAGCAGGCCGAGCUGCGAACCGGUAGCGUAGGCUGCUGUAAUUGUCCUAAACUGAGAGACAUCAACCGGGAUCUGAGUUCCAAGCUGACCGACCUUCAGAGUCACCUGUCCGAAGCGAUUUCAAUGACCGCCGGUGGGCCUCCCGCUCACAUUCAGAUCGACGGAGAACCGAUCGCCUCGCUGGACAAAACCACCGAGCUCCAGGACACGAUCGCCAGGCACAGGAAGGAGCUGCGGGAGGUCAAAGACGUUUACGAGCAGGAAGCCGAAGCGCUGAGAAAGGAAGUGGUCAAAGCCAGCGAGGCGCUUCGCCUCCUCUCCGAGGAGAACGUCCAGGAGAUCGACUCCCUGACCGAGUGCAUGGCGAACAUGAAGAAGAAGCACGACGCCGAGAGGAGCGCCCUGCUGGAGCGGUUCCAGGGGGAGAUGGAGGAGCUGAGCUGCGUGGUGACCCCGCUCAGCCCGGUGCCGGGGGCGGCCGGCGGCUCCGGAGAGGAGACGCCGACGCCGUCGGGCCAGGCCCUCCCCCAGACCCUGAACCUCAAGCAGCGCAUCCAAGAGCUGGUGACGCAAGUGACCGCCAUGACCGGGGAGAUGAGGCGACGCGAGCAGCAGGGCGACGCGACGACCCUCCGGAGGAAAUACGACAAAGACCUGGAACACCUGAAGGCCACGUGCGAGCGGGGCUUCGCCGCCAUGGAGGACUCCCACCAGCGGGUGGUGGACGAGCUGCAGCGGAAGCACCAGAGGGAGCUGGAGAACCUCCAGGAGGAGAAGGACCGCCUGCUGGCCGAGGAGACAGCCGCCACCAUCGCCGCAAUAGAAGCCAUGAGGAAUGCCCAUCGCUCGGAGCUGGAGAAGGAGCUGGAGAAGGCCCGCAAGACCAACAACCACGCAGAGAACGCAGACCUGGACGAGAUCCAUAGACAACAUGAGGAGGAGCUGUGCUCCUUCCAGCGGGAGAUCGAGGUGCUGUCGGAGCAGUACUCCCAGAAGUGCCUGGAGAACGCCCACCUGGCCCAGGCGCUGGAGGCCGAGAGGCAGGCCCUCCGGCAGUGUCAGAGAGAGAACCAGGAGCUCAACGCUCAUAACCAGGAGCUGAACAACCGUCUGGCUGCAGAGAUCACCAAGAUGCGCUCCAUGGCCAGCGAGGACGGGGACUCGGGCGUCGGGAUGCAGGGGAAAGAGCUCUACGAGCUGGAGGUCAUGCUGCGGGUGAAGGAGUCCGAGGUCCAGUACCUGAAGCAGGAGAUCAACUCCCUCAAGGAUGAACUCCAGGCCGCCCAAAGAGAUAAGAAGUACGCCACGGACAAGUACAAGGACAUCUACACGGAGCUGAGCAUCGUCAAGGCCAAGGCGGAGCGGGACCUGGGGCGCCUGCGGGACCAGCUGCAGCUGGCCCACGAGGCUCUGGGCGGGCCCUCUCUGGAGGAGGUGGAGCGGGGUGGAUACGACAUCAUGAAGUCCAAAAGCAAUCCUGACAUCCUUAAAAUGGCAGCCGCAGCGGCAAAGCGCUCAGAACGCACCUUGAGGUCAAAGAGUUUAAAGGAAGGGCUGACGGCGGAACAGAGGCUACACCUGUUUGACAACAAGGACACCAAGGAGUUCUGACAGUGCCCGGCUCCACCUAGCUGCAUGCGGCCCAGAGGCUCCCCUGUUGGCCUUUUAGCUCUGUAAUUAUUAGAGAACACUACACACUGGUCACAAAAAAUAAAACGAUGUCUUAUUAAAUAUUGUAUUCUAGACAACUCAUGGUAUGAAGUUUGAAUUUUAUGUCUAUAGAGUCUGCAUUCCAUGCACUUCAGUAACUGUGACUUUUUCGUUUCACUUUUCCUUUUGGGCCAUACUGUAAAUAGUUUGUGCUGUUUUUAAUCCAGCGUCUAUAAUGCGUACACUAAAACCAUAACUGUGUAAGCUACUGCGUAGACUGUUGCCGGCCAGGGGACCUAGCCCAUUGUGGCUAUAAACGCAAAACACACUACUACACUAUUGACGAUGGAGUAAUACUCGUGACUAAACAUAGACGGUUGGUCGGUAUGCACAUAUUGAAGCUCCCCCAGACCGCUGCCAUCACCGCACAUACGCAGGAUCCUGCUGGUUUAAAAAACAGGCUAUGAACUCUUAAACGCUCACCUGGAAGAUUACACAGGUUUUAAAGAUUUUCCACGUUGGAGGUUCCUUCAUCGUCUGAAUGGUUGGAUUCUAAGCGGUGAAUAACAGCGUUGCAGGUCGAUGGAAAGGUGACUGCGUAGUCUGUAGCGAUGGGAUUGAUUUAUGAUAUGAAUAUAUAUAAAGAUUUAUACCCCCCACCCCCCCACCCCUUCGCGCAGUGGCAGUCCCUUUGUAUUUAUUUAAAUGUUUUUUUGCCUCACAUUCCCAGUCCAAUGUACUCUAUUGUAAAUAUACAGCAAAUGUACACCCACUUGUUUAUUAGCAAUAAAUAUUUUUGCACCCUGACUCUCUGUGACUGAUCUUUGAAGUUCUGACAACGGAUCAUGUUCUGUUCAGGAACCCGAUGAUGCUAACACUAAAAUACCUCCUAGCUGACCAGCUGGUGGCCGGAGGGCCUGACCUCAAGGGUCGGCCAGCUCUGAAUGAGACCCCAAGCAUGUCAUGACCAUGUUUGGAGAGGUGAAAAACAUGUUGGUUUCCUUUUCUAGUGUACUGCUUCUCAUGUCUGCACAUAAAUGACAAAUGUAAUUUAUGGUUGCAUUAAAAGUCAAUGGUGGGUCAUUGUGUAUAUCAGGUGCAGGUGCAUUUCAAUAAAUUAGAAUAUUAUGGAAAAAAAAUAAUCAAUAGUAGCCUAUAUGAUACCGUAGAGGGCUUCAGCUCGUCUGCAUUGUUGGUCUCAGGUUUCAUCUUCCUCUUUACAAUGCCCCAUCAAUUUUCUAUGAGGUUCAGGUCAGGCCGGUCUGCUGGCCAAUCAAGCCCAGUAAUCCCAUGGUGAUUAAACCAGGUAUUUGUAUUUUCGGCAGUGUGGGCAGGUGCCAAGGCCUGCUGGAAAAAGAUCGGCAUCUCCAUAAAUCUUGUAAGAAGGAUGCAUGCAAGUGCUCUAAAAUGUCCCGGAAGACCCUAGAGUUGAUUUUGGACUUGAUAAAACACAGAAGACCAACACCAGAAGAUGACAUUGCUCCCCAAAUCAUCACUGACUUCUGUGCCUCUCCAUUCUUCCUCCAGACUCUGUGAUCUUAAUUUUCUAAUUAUAUGCAAUAAUUACUUUAAUCUGAAAAGAGGUCUUUGGACCACUGAGCGACGGACAGAUCAGUUAUUUUUAAGACGCUUCUAACAUCUCUGGUUUGGGAGUGGCUUGACACAAGGAAUGACAGUUGUAGCCCAUAC